AUGGAGGGGAAGGAACCAGAGCUAGUGUGGGAGGUGGUGUGGUACCAACUAGGUACAGUUAGGCUCGACUCCAUGCAUAGCAGCGGUUCUGGAAUCAAGAUCCUGGAGAGGGGCUGGAUCAGUGUGCUGGGUGUGCAGAUACUCACGAGCCCCCAGCUGAGAACUGAUGUGUUUGAGUUCUCCCUGGAGAAUAAGAGUGACUGGAACCUCACUUGGUACACCUCCAGACCAGACCUGACCCAGUGUUUCCAGCACACUGUACUGGUAUGGUUCCCCUGUGUUUACCUGUGGACCUGUUCUCCUCUUUACCUGCUCUACCUGCAGUUCCGCACCCACCGAGGCGUCAUCCCACUGUCCAAACUCUGUUGCAGCAAGACACUUCUGGGUCUCAGUCUGGCUUCCUUUGGUCUUCUGGAGAUGUUUUACUUAGUGGUGAAAAAGAACGAGGAGAUUCAUAACCACUUGGUGAUCCUACUGGGUCCAUUGAUCCGGAGCCUCACUCUGGUUCUGGCUGUUGUUAUAAUCCAGGUAGAGAGGAUGAAGGGCAGUCGUUCAUCCGUCCUCCUCUUCCUCUUCUGGACUCUUCUGGUUCUUUGCUCCAUUGCUCCUCUAAGGGUCAACAUCGAGCAGAUUAUUGAUCAGGGUUUUUCAUCGGACGCUGUUCGCUUUGUGGCAUUCUUCAUCUGUUUUUCCCUCCAACUCACUGAACUUGUCCUCAGUUGCUUCUCAGACCGCCGACCACUCUCUGACAAACACACCUAUGCCCAGAACCAAUGUCCAGAGGAAGAUGCCUCAUUUCUUUCAAAGUUUUUCUUCUUUUGGAUCAGCAGUUUUGUGAUUCAGGGUUACCGGCGCCCCCUGCAGGCUGCAGAUCUGUGGUCUCUGCGGGAUCAGGACUCGUCAAUCCAGAUCAUGUUGGCCUUGGAGAAGUUCUGGGCUCAGAACUGCAAACAGCUGCAAGAGGGGCCAGCAGGUUCUGGACUGUCCGGGUCCUGCUCCCGGUUGGGUGCUUCUGCUGGACCAACAGAAAAAACUCACCUGUUGAAGAAGAUCAGGAAGGGGCAGGGGUCCGGCCUCUUACUCAUAAAUGCUCUGGGGCGGAGCUUCGGGCCGUACUUCCUGUGUGGGACACUGUGUCUCCUCCUCCAUGACGCCUUCAUGUUCGCCGUGCCACAGGUGCUUAGCGCGCUGCUUGGCUUCAUGCGGGAUAAAGAUGCUGCAAUGUGGAAAGGUUUCCUGUUUGCCUCGCUGCUCUUCCUGCUCUCCUGUCUGCAGUCUGCCCUCCAUCAUCAGUACAUGUUUCACUGCUUCACUGUGGGAAUGAGACUGAAGACGGCCGUCAUUGGCCUUGUCUACAGGAAGAGUCUGGUGAUGAGCAGUUCAGCGCGGCGGCAGUUUACUUUGGGAGAAAUCAUUAAUCUGGUUUCAGCCGACACUCAGAAGCUGAUGGACUUUGUGGUUUAUUUCAACAGCGUUUGGAUCGCUCCCAUUGAGAUAGCACUCUGCUUCUACUUCCUAUGGCGGCUCCUCGGUGCAUCUGCUCUCGCUGGUAUCACUCCUGUUCUUCUGAUAUUCCCUCUGAAUGGACUCAUCGCUAAAAUGAGAAGCAAACUGCAGGAGGUACAGAUGAAGUUCAUGGACGGUCGGAUCAAACUGAUGAACGAGAUCUUGAGCGGUGUGAAAAUUCUGAAGUUUUACGCCUGGGAGGAAGCUUUCCUGCGACGAGUCGGUGUCUUGAGAGACGGAGAACUGAAUGCCCUGAAGAAAUCUCAGAUCCUUUACUCUCUCUCUCUAGCUUCAUUCAACUCUUCCUCCUUCCUGAUUGCCUUGUCAGUGUUUGGAGUCUACGUGUUGAUCGAUGAGCGAAACGUUUUGGAUGCUCAGAAAAUCUUUGUUUCUGUUGCUCUCAUCAACAUCCUGAAAACUCCUCUGAGUCAGCUUCCCUUUGCCAUGAACACCACCAUGCAGGCCAUCGUCUCACUCAGACGUCUGACAAACUUCCUGUGUCAAGAUGAACUGAACCCCAACAACGUGGAGAGGCUUCCUCAUAGCAAAGACGGAGAUGAUGUUGUGAUCGAGGGCGGGUUCUUCUCCUGGUCGCAUGAUGGUUCUCCGUGUCUGCAGAGGAUCAACAUGAAGGUGAAGACGGGUUCUCUGGUGGCCGUGGUUGGCCAUGUCGGCUCAGGGAAGUCAUCUCUGCUGUCAGCCAUGUUGGGAGAGAUGGAAAGGAGGCAUGGCUUCGUCUCCAUUGAGGGAUCAGUGGGCUAUGUCCCUCAACAGGCCUGGAUCCAGAACGCGUCUCUGAAGGACAACAUUUUGUUCGGUGGUGAGAGGAAGGAGAGCUGGUACCAUCGUGUGCUGGAGGCCUGUGCUCUUCUGCCGGACCUCGACCUCCUUCCUGCUGGAGACAGCACAGAGAUUGGGGAGAAGGGUCUGAACCUGUCUGGAGGGCAGAAACAGAGGAUUAGUCUGGCUCGGGCCGUCUACAGGAAGUCAGAUGUUUACUUGUUGGACGACCCGCUGUCGGCUGUUGAUGCUCAAGUGGGACAACACAUUUUUGAUCGAGUCAUUGGAUCCAGAGGCCUCCUCAAAGACAAGACCCGGGUGCUGGUGACUCAUGGCCUCAGUUUCCUGUCUAAAGCAGACCUGGUACUGGUGAUGGAGCAGGGUCAGAUCUCUGAGAUGGGCUCCUACAUGGAGCUGAUGGACAGAAAAGGAGCCUUUGCCAAAUUAAUCCAAACCUUCAAUGGAAACCAUUGCAGAGAGACCGCAACCCUCAGAGAGAAGAGCAGCAGGAAGUCGGUGUCUCGCCUCAGUACGUCGGAUUUCUCCAUCGAUCUCUCUCAGGAGCAGCUGAUCAGUUGUGAUAUGAGCAGUGCCAGUGUUCAGGUGAUGGAGGCUGUUGAUCAGGAUUUGGAUGCUUUGGAUGCUGGUAAACUGACAGAGGUCGACAAGGCUCAGACAGGGAGGGUGAAGCUGCAGAUGUACAAAGAGUACUUCAGGACUAUCGGCCUGACCUUCAUCAUGACCAUCAUCUUCCUCUGUGCCUUCCAGCAGGCCACAUCGUUGGCCUACAACUAUUGGCUGAGCCUUUGGGCAGACGAGACACUUGUCAAUGGCACUCAGAGCAACCAUGAGCUGAAAAUGAGUGUGUUUGCACUGCUAGGCUUCACUCAGGGGAUGGCCAUGUUUGGGACGACACUUGCCAUUGCUCUGGGUGGGAUUUUAGCAUCACGUCAACUUCAUGCUGAUCUUCUCCACAGUGUGCUGCACUCAUCCAUGUCCUUUUUCGAGGUUACGCCCAGCGGAAACCUCCUGAACCGCUUCUCCAAAGAUAUUGACGCCAUCGACUGCAUGAUUCCUGACGGGCUGAAGAUGAUGCUGGGCUACCUGUUCAAGCUGCUGGAGGUCUGCAUCAUUGUGUUGUUGGCGACACCCUUCACAGGGCUGGUACUCCUCCCCCUUACCUGCGUCUACAUCCUCAUACAGAGUUUCUACGUGGCGUCCUCGUGUCAGCUGCGUCGACUAGAGGCCGUAAGUCGCUCGCCAAUCUACAGCCACUUCAAUGAAACGUUGCAGGGUGCCGCCGUGAUCCGAGCCUUUGGUGAACGGCAGCGCUUCGUACUUCAAGCAGACAGUCGCAUCGACAACAACCAGGAAGCUUACUUCCCUCGCUUUGGAUGGCCAUGUUUGGGACGACACUUGCCAUUGCUCUGGGUGGGAUUUAUCACGUGCACAUCACGUCAACUUCAUGCUGAUCUUCUCCACAGUGUGCUGCACUCAUCCAUGUCCUUUUUCGAGGUUACGCCCAGCGGAAACCUCCUGAACCGCUUCUCCAAAGAUAUUGACGCCAUCGACUGCAUGAUUCCUGACGGGCUGAAGAUGAUGCUGGGCUACCUGUUCAAGCUGCUGGAGGUCUGCAUCAUUGUGUUGUUGGCGACACCCUUCACAGGGCUGGUACUCCUCCCCCUUACCUGCGUCUACAUCCUCAUACAGAGUUUCUACGUGGCGUCGUCGUGUCAGCUGCGUCGACUAGAGGCCGUAAGCCGCUCGCCAAUCUACAGCCACUUCAAUGAAACGUUGCAGGGUGCCGCCGUGAUCCGAGCCUUUGGUGAACGGCAGCGCUUCGUACUUCAAGCAGACAGUCGCAUCGACAACAACCAGGAAGCUUACUUCCCUCGCUUUGUCGCUACCAGGUGGCUGGCAGUGAAUCUGGAGUUUUUGGGGAAUCUGCUGGUUUUGGCUGCUGCCAUCUUGUCGGUGCGAGGUCGGGAUGAACUGAGUCCGGGCAUUGUGGGAUUGGCAGUUUCACACUCUCUCCAGGUGACUGGAAUCCUAAGCUGGAUCGUUCGAUCUUGGACUGAUGUCGAGAACAACAUUGUGUCGGUGGAGCGAGUGAAAGAGUACGAAACCACACCCAAAGAGGCAGCAUGGACCGUCAAGGGCAGUUUGCUGCCUGCUGCCUGGCCUACCACAGGAACCAUCCAGUUUGAGGAUUAUGGACUGCAGUACCGUAAAGGUCUGGACUGGGCCUUAAAGGACAUCUCCAUCAACGUCCAGAACAAAGAGAAGGUGGGGAUCGUUGGAAGAACGGGAGCCGGAAAAUCUUCUCUUGCUUUGGGACUCUUCAGGAUUCUGGAGGCAGCAAAGGGACGAAUCUUUAUCGACGGGAUCAACAUCGCUAAGAUUGGCCUUCAUGAUCUUAGAUCCAGAAUCACCAUCAUUCCUCAGGAACCACUGCUUUUUUCUGGCUCUCUGAGGAUGAACCUUGACCCCUUUGAUACCUGUUCAGAUGAAGAUCUUUGGAAAGUCCUGGAACUUGCUCACCUCAGCAGCUUUGUGUCAGCACUGCCACAAAAACUGAACCAUCAGUGCUGUGAAGGAGGAGAGAACCUCAGUCUUGGUCAGCGACAGCUGCUUUGUUUGGCCAGAGCACUUCUGAGGAAGACCAGGAUCCUGGUUCUGGAUGAAGCCACAGCAGCUGUGGACCUGAAGACAGACCAGCUGAUCCAGUCCACCAUUCGUACCCAGUUUGAUGACUGUACAGUCCUAACCAUAGCUCACCGCCUGAACACCAUCAUGGACUACACCAGGGUCAUUGUGAUGGACCGAGGUUGCAUUGCAGAGAUGGACUCCCCCUCUCAGCUCAUCCGCCUGCAGGGUCACUUCUAUCAAAUGUGUCUUGAGGCUGGUUUGGCCUGACAUAUGCCUUUAUAAACAAACUAUAGUGAUGCUGGAGAAAUGUGCAGAUCAUGUGUGUUUCAUUACUUUAUAUCCUCCUCUUUUGUACUUUUUAAGACACCAGCACAGGGCUGUACUGCCUGCAUAUUUGUGUAAAUCUAAUUUUAGAUGCAUGUGGAUUUAAAUGUAUACAUGUUGUCAUUACUUUCCCUGUAUGUCUUUGUAAGAUCCAGUAAUAUCAACAUAAGUAGCUGGGAUUAGGCCAUCUCUUCAGGGUCUAUAAGUUUUUGUUGAAAGUUAACAGUAUUUCAAGAUAUUUCAUAUAUGGACAUUGGACCAGGACUUGUUUUCAAGAUCAGCUAAUAUUCACUCCACGCUCAGUAUCUUGAUGUCUGACCAGGAAUUGUUUUGGACUGCACACUAUCUUAAUGACCAGAUUUACAGAAAUAAAGUGACUUAGAAUUAACAGUGGAACCACUACCCUACUAUGCUGUAUGUCCCACCAAGGAGCCCUGAGUGAUACCCAUACUGUCUGCUGGAAAUCUUUAUAUCAGCUGUGGGCUUGUUACUUUGAGUGAGUAUUUUAUUUUGGAUUAUAAAUUGUAUCUUCAGUGUUCACCAACUAAUAGUGUCUAGCUACCUAAGAUACAGUAUGCAUGCUUGAGAGCAGAGAAGUGUCCAUUAAA